CUCGCCGCUGCGCGUGCGCCAGAAGUGCUGCUAGGUCCCGGAAGUGGAGGGUCUACACCGAGCAGCGCUGGGUCUGGGCGACCGGAGUCAGCAGUGCUCGCGGAGCUCGCCUCCCGACUCCCAGUCACCAUGUCGGCUUUCGACAGCAACCCCUUCGCGGACCCAGUGGACGUAAACCCUUUCCAGGACCCCUCUGUGACCCAGCUGACCAACCACCCGCAGAGUGGCCUGGCCGAGUUCAACCCCUUCUCAGAGACAAAUGCAGCGACAACGGUGCCCACCACUCAGCUGACUGGGCCCUCGCAGCCAGCAGUUCUGCAGCCCUCCGUGGAGCCCACGCAGCCGAGCCCCCAGGCUGUGGCAGCUGCAGCCCAAGCAGGCCUGCUCCGGCAGCAGGAGGAGCUAGACAGGAAAGCUGCGGAGCUGGAGCGCAAGGAGCGGGAGCUGCAGAGCACAGCAGCCAGCUUACAUGUGAGAGAGAACAACUGGCCACCCCUGCCCACGUGGUGCCCUCUCAAGCCCUGCUUCUAUCAGGAUUUCUCAACCGAGAUCCCUGCUGACUACCAACGCAUCUGCAAGAUGCUCUACUAUCUCUGGAUGUUGCACUCAGUGACUCUGUUUCUGAACCUGCUCGCAUGCCUGGCCUGGUUCACGGUUGACACCACCAAGGGAGUGGACUUUGGGCUCUCAAUCCUGUGGUUUGUGAUCUUCACACCCUGUGCCUUCCUCUGCUGGUACCGACCCAUCUAUAAGGCUUUCCGGGGUCUACUUCAUCCAGCUGAUUGGCUUGCCGAACCUGGGGACCAGUGGUUGGAUUGCAGCCCUGUCCACAAUCAAGUCCGAGUCCUUGGCUGUGUCCAUCAUCAUGAUGGUGGUGGCUGGUUUCUUCUCUCUAUGUGCUGGGCUGUCGCUGUUCCUCUUACAGCGGGUGCACUCUUUCUACCGCCGGACAGGAGCCAGCUUCCAGCAGGCCCAGGAAGAGUUUUCCCAGGGUAUCUUCAGCAGCAGGACCUUCCGAAGUGCUGCCUCCUCCGCUGCCCAGGGAGCCUUCCAGGGCAACUAGCCUGGCUCCAGCCUCUGUCCAGCCUCUUCUGCACCUGCCCUGAGCUGCACUUUCCAUGGUGCCUUAUUCGAUGGGGAUGCCCAGCACAGACCUGGUGGGGGUCCUGUCUUGGCUCUUCCUCCUUCCUCAGCAACCAGCUGUCCCUUCCACUGAGGGAAGGGGAGGAAGGGAUAGGGAUUCUGUUUUUACACAUGACAAAAGAAAAAUAAGAAAGAUGUCUUUCCUUGCCUGGUGGUGGUUGGUAGGAUCCUUUUGUCUCCGGAAGCAGUGGGCCUGAAGCUGUCUUCCCCAUACACACACGCAUGCGUGUGCACACACACCCACUGUCGAACACACACAGGGAUGGGAACAUGGUCUAGCCCACCACAGCUGGCGUUCCUGCACAGGUCCCAGGACCCCACCAAGCCUGUGGCCUUCAUAGUCCCACUCUCCUGCCCAAACUGGCCUAAGCUUCCCAAGGGCCCCCUUUUGGUGAGCUGCAGUUGGGGUGGGAGGGUGGGCAGUUCAGAUCCCCGAAUUACUCUAGGUCUCUGGGCUCCUCUGGCCCGGCCAUCCCAGACUCAUGUUCCUCACAAAUAGAUUCAUGGCCCUCAAGGCCCUGGGCACCCUCUUGGUGUGGGUAUCAUCUGUGCCCUCUGGGGCCCUUGCUGAGCCCUUCUGACUUUCUGAAUGUUCAGUGGCUGGGAUUUAGGGAUAGGGAGGGAUAGAAGAUGCUGAUCUCAGUUGUCUUGUCCAGUGGCUAGGAGGAGGGUCUGGCUGUCCUGGUGUGGUUUGCUUGACCUGUUUCAACUUCCUUACCUAAGGGACAGCUACCAUUUGCCUUAGCUGUACUUCUGCCCCCUCCCCCGUGGCCCUUCAGCAAUAUCCAGCUUAUGACACUUGGGGUGCAGAAGGAGCAUCCUUCCAAGGGUUCCAGGCUACUCUCCAGGUCCUCCCUCACCUGGAGCAGAGUCUAAGACACCUCCACCUGCCCUGGGGAGUUCCUUAACAGGUGUGUGAUUGUGAUGGUGUGCCUGGAGUCCACCUUCCCGAACUUGCUGAGUGGAGGUGGGCUGUGGCAUGCCUCACCAUGCUGGCAGGUCUGCCUCAGCUCACUCAGGCCUGAUGCCACCAAAUGACAAGGACAGCCACCAGGGGUUUGUAAAUUGCUCUCUAGUAUUUUUUCCCUUCAUGUACAAAUGUAUAUGUUAUGACUCCAUUUUUGUGCUUAAAUAAAAAUGACAUUUUCA